AUGGCGCUUCUAAAUACCCGGUCCCUCAACGCCCACGACAGGGACAUCGAACGGUACCCGGUCAUAACCAAAGCGGAUGUGCUCUGCCCCACGGAAACAUGGAGCGCCGCACGGCCGACCAUCAACGGCUACUACGUGAUCGUGUGUACCGAGGAGGCACAACGACGCUUUUCUGCCCUGAACUUCACCGAAGUACCACCGGACUACCUCUGCUGCGGCCUUUUUUCGAGUAUUGCCAUGGGUCCAACGGCAGCCACAUCGUCAACGUCAGCGAAUGCUCUGUGUCACGCCCCCAUCUUUCUUUUCGUCAUUGGGCAAGGUGGCACCGUCAGCAUGCGGCCACAGCUAAAUCCGCUCCUGUUUGUACUGCAGGUCCUAUCGUUCAGCGCAUGUGCACGAGAUGAAACAGUUGCUGGGCCUCCCCUGACCACGCUCACCGCUGCAGGCUUCAAUAGAGGCUUUUCUGCCCUGAACUUCACCGAAGUACCACCGUACUAUCCCUGCUGCGGCCUUUUUUCGAGUAUUGCCAUGGGUCCAACGGCAGCCACAUCGUCAACGUCAGCGAAUGCUCUGUGUCACGCCCCCAACUUUCCUUUCGUCAUUGGGCAAGGUGGCACCGUCAGCAUGCGGCCAGAGAUAAAUCCGCUCCUGUUUGUACUGCAGGUCCUAUCGUUCAGCGCAUGUGCACGAGAUGAAACAGUUGCUGGGCCUCCCCUGACCACGCUCACCGCUGCAGGCUUCAAUAGAGGCUUUUCUGCCCUGAACUUCACCGAAGUACCACCGUACUAUCCCUGCUGCGGCCUUUUUUCGAGUAUUGCCAUGGGUCCAACGGCAGCCACAUCGUCAACGUCAGCGAAUGCUCUGUGUCACGCCCCCAUCUUUCCUUUCGUCAUUGGGCAAGGUGGCACCGUCAGCAUGCGGCCAGAGCUAAAUCCGCUCCUGUUUGUACUGCAGGUCCUAUCGUUCAGCGCAUGUGCACGAGAUGAAACAGUUCCUGGGCCUCCCCUGACCACGCUCACCGCUGCAGGCUUCAACAGAGGCUUUUCUGCCCUGAACUUCACCGAAGUACCACCGUACUAUCCCUGCUGCGGCCUUUUUUCGAGUAUUGCCAUGGGUCCAACGGCAGCCACAUCGUCAACGUCAGCGAAUGCUCUGUGUCACGCCCCCAACUUUCCUUUCGUCAUUGGGCAAGGUGGCACCGUCAGCAUGCGGCCACAGCUGAAUCCGCUCCUGUUUGUACUGCAGUGCCCCAAGUUGGCCGGCAGUUGGUUUCGAACCGAGUUCAGUCAGUACAGAAGUUCAAUGCUUUACAAUGUGGACAACCCAAUGACCAAAGCUGGGAUGACGGUGGUUUGUAACCGGGUUCCCUCUGCCCAGCAGCACAAUGCUGUCUUUAUAUGA